AUGUAGCAGGUCUCCCUCGAUCCAGUGUUUCCAGCCACGGUUUUCCUUCUCACCCUUCUGGACACACACCAGCUUGUCCCCGUCCCAGUGUGUUGACCACCAUGGCGCCUUGAUGAUGGUGCUGCGCAGUGUGAAUGAUGAACCCCCGAGGAGCUGUACAGAAGCCAGUUUCUUUGAGGUGCUUGACUUGGCAACAUCUGAACAAACUUGGAGAUUGGAGCAGCCAACUCUGAAUCUCGUGUCUCACAUGAAAAAGGUCCUGCUGACUGCUGUCAACAAAAAAUGGGAAUAAUACCCUGGAAGCUGAACACACAUUAGUGGAAGAUCGACAUGCUGAAAAGGGGGAAUGAAUAAGAGAAAGACACACAACAACAGGGACCCAGAGAGAGCAGUUUCUGCCAGUUCAAGAGCGAACAGCCUACACUUUGCUCACACUACCCUAGAUACGUCUGACAGUGAAGGAGCCUGCAUGAGGUCAGUGUGAUCUCUGUCAACGUUAUAUUCACACGAGCAUACAAAGCUGCUGUUGUCUUGUCAGAUGUACAACAUGAACAACACGACCAUGACAGCAAAUGGAUCAGAUACAGGUAACAGCAACAUGGCUUAUGCUGUAGUCUUUGGCUGUGUCUUGGUGCUGGGCCUGCCUCUCAAUGCGGUGUCACUGUGGACUCUGAUCCGCCACCACAGCCUCAAAUCCUCCAGCGCCGUCUUCAUGAUCAACCUGGCUCUGUCUGACCUGCUGCUGGUGAUCUCCCUGCCCAUGAGAGUCUACUUCUACGCCACCGGCAGCUGGCCCCUUGGGAUUACUGCAUGCGUCUCAAUCACUAUGCUCUUUCGUAACAACGUACGCUCCAGCUCCAUCUUCAUCACCUUCAUCGCUGUGGACCGGCUGCUGGCAGUGGUUUACCCUCUGAGAUCACGGCAUCUGAGAACCACCACCAACGCCUGGAAGGCCUCUGUCCUCGUUUGGCUCUUUGUGGUGGGAGUGAACGUCCCAGAGAGUGUCAACUUUUGGAGGCUUUUGUACAACUGCAAUGCAUCAAGACCUACCUGUUUUGAGUUUCCGCAAUGUCGGGUGUUUAGUUCAGCAGUUGGUCAUUUUCAGUUGAUUUUGGUGUUCACCAUGUUGGCAGUGAAUAUUGUAUCCACUGCUCUGGUGUCUUGGACUCUUCGCAGACAUCUCAGUGACGCUGCAAGGGUCAACAACAGGAUAAACGUUAUGCUGGUUUAUGUCAUCAACUUGUUGAUGUUUGUCAUCUUUUUUAUGCCUCUGACGCUCACCGUUUUGCUUAAAAGUGGGAGACAUACCAUCAUGGCAGCAGUAUGCCUUACUACUUUGAACUGCUGUGUGGAUCCGCUGCUGUAUUACUUUUCUUUGGAUGCCUUCUGGAAGAAAAAAGAGCAUGUGGACUCCUCCCUCGGAAACAGAAUAAUAGGUGAGACUAGUGGACAUCAGCUGGAGAAUUAGAAUAGGUGACAACACAUGUACUAUUUCAACAGAAUGCAUAAUUUGUGUGCCAUGUGUGGAUAUGUGACGUACAAGAUACAAUCUCUGCCUUAGACUGUAAAAGUUU